CUGCUGCAGGUUUGAUGGCCGGAAGCCAGCGAUCUGCUGGGAGUGCCUGUGGGAGUGCCUGUGGGACUACAUGGACCAAAAUCCAAUGCCGCACACGAUGCGAUUCGAACGCACGCGGGGAAACCUCACCGCCUUAGCAGGGCGGCGCCUUAACCACUCGGCCACAGGCCAGGAUGCCCUAUUCAUGAUUUGCAAGUUGACCAACAACCCGCAAGAAGCGUGCAUAAUACUCAAUGACUUAACAGCCGUACGCGGGAGCCUUGUACGACAGGGCAAGUUCAAGCCGUACGGCGAGCGGUUGGCUGUGGAAUUCGUACAU